CGCUCUGCUGUCAUUCGUCUUACCCAGCUUCAGUUAGCAAAGCACACAGACCAAGGUUGAUUUUCUCAGGUUUUCCGUCUUUAUCUGACGAUGGCAACAUUAGUGGCAAACAGGGCGAUGGACGUCAACGGCUUGGCAGCAGCUGCGAGGACACACACCCAGGCUGUGACCAGAAAUUACAUCUCUCAGCCCAGGCUAACUUACUCUACUGUGUCAGGUGUAAAUGGACCCCUGGUGAUCUUGGAUAAUGUGAAGUUUCCCAGAUACGCAGAGAUUGUUCACCUGACCCUGCCGGACGGCACCAAGAGGAGCGGGCAGGUCCUGGAGGUGAUUGGAACCAAGGCGGUUGUUCAGGUGUUCGAGGGAACAUCGGGCAUCGAUGCCAAGAAGACCGCCUGCGAGUUCACGGGCGAUAUCCUGCGUACCCCAGUGUCAGAGGACAUGCUGGGGCGUGUGUUCAACGGCUCAGGCAAACCCAUUGAUCGUGGGCCCAAUGUUCUGGCUGAGGACUACUUGGACAUCAUGGGUCAGCCCAUCAAUCCUCAGUGCCGUAUCUACCCAGAGGAGAUGAUCCAGACCGGCAUCUCAGCCAUCGAUGGCAUGAACAGCAUUGCCAGAGGACAGAAGAUCCCGAUUUUUUCAGCUGCCGGGCUGCCCCACAACGAGAUUGCUGCUCAGAUCUGUCGCCAGGCCGGCCUGGUGCAGAAGUCCAAGGAUGUGAUGGACUACAGCGCUGAAAACUUUGCCAUUGUCUUCGCAGCCAUGGGGGUCAACAUGGAAACUGCCCGCUUCUUCAAGUCUGAUUUUGAGGAGAAUGGCUCCAUGGACAACGUCUGCCUUUUCCUGAACCUGGCCAAUGACCCCACCAUUGAGCGUAUCAUCACCCCACGCUUGGCGCUGACUACAGCAGAGUACCUGGCCUAUCAGUGCGAGAAGCAUGUCCUGGUCAUCCUGACUGACAUGAGCUCCUACGCCGAGGCUCUGAGAGAGGUCUCUGCCGCCCGAGAGGAAGUGCCCGGCCGUCGAGGCUUUCCCGGCUACAUGUACACCGAUCUGGCCACCAUCUACGAACGUGCCGGCCGUGUGGAGGGCAGAAACGGCUCCAUCACCCAGAUCCCCAUCCUGACCAUGCCCAAUGAUGACAUCACCCAUCCCAUUCCUGAUCUGACUGGAUACAUCACAGAGGGACAGGUCUAUGUGGACAGACAGCUGCACAACAGACAGAUCUAUCCUCCCAUCAACGUGUUGCCCUCACUGUCUCGUCUGAUGAAGUCCGCCAUCGGCGAGGGGAUGACCAGGAAGGACCACGCUGAUGUCUCUAACCAGCUGUACGCCUGUUACGCCAUUGGUAAGGACGUCCAGGCCAUGAAGGCUGUGGUGGGAGAGGAGGCCCUCACCUCUGACGACCUGCUCUACCUUGAGUUCCUUCAGAAGUUCGAGAAGAACUUCAUUGCUCAGGGCCCGUAUGACAACAGGACAGUGUAUGAAACCCUGGACAUUGGCUGGCAGCUGCUGCGAAUCUUCCCCAAGGAGAUGCUGAAGAGGAUUCCUCAGAGCACCCUGGCUGAGUUCUACCCCAGGGAGUCUGCUGUCCGUCACUGAGGCACGCUAAGGGAUCUAGCUCUGGUUCUAGCUCCACUCCCCUCUCUACCCACCAUCCUCCUCUCCCUUUAUCAGUCUCUUUCACCUCCUUCUACAGUCUUGCACUUCCAGGGGCUCCUUUACCCAUCCUAAACUCCACCUUCUCUUUCUCCACCGGUCUUUUUUUUUUUCUUUUUUUCUUUUGUUUACCUCCAGCUCUUUUCCUUCCCAUGAAUCAACUCACCCUGACAUCACCCCCCUUCCCCAUAAUCUCCCCCCUCUAUAGAUGUACUGUAGCGUAUCUGUGUCCAGAAGUUGUGUAUGGAAAGUGUCUGUGGUUGUAAUAUCUCCCCCCUUGAUUGCAAAACCGUGAACAUAUCUUUAAGAUUAUAGAUCAGUCUUUAUUUAUUGGGGUGUGUCACUGUUUGUUCCCCCUCUUUUGUUUUCUUUUUUCCCUUUUCUUUUUUUUUAAAUACAUGCUAUAUAGUAUCCACCCUCCACCCUCCACCUCCUCUUGCCCCCUCCCCUCCCUGCGUCCUGUUUAAGAAACUGCUGUAUUAUUUCCAUGUCGGUGGCUUCGGGUUCACUCUGAAUUAAAUCUUCUCUCGGUACUAUCAACAACCUCAGUGACCAACCAAAGCUGGGCCACAAACAGAGUUCAGAUGUUUACUGUAUACUGCCCCCAGUAUUUUGACUCCCCCCCCCCCCCCCCCCUGUUUUGGGCCCUCAUGCUUCCUAUACCUCCCCUUGAAAUAAUACAGUGAAUGUUGACAUUAUUACUGUUUUGUUGUUUGAUUUGUAAAAAGUGUGUUAAACAUUCCCACCUGUCUGCAGAAACGGAUUCUUUGUUGUGCAGCCAUAAUGGUUUCGUGAUGUGUCCAUGAAUAAAUUAAAUUAUAUGAGAA